AUGACUCUUAGGCAAUGUAUGAAAUACUCCCGGUCUCUUCAUACCUCGUCACCCUUGAACCCAUCAGUUGCUCCCUUGGCUUGCGAAAUACACCAUGGGGGAAUCCACAACAACAAACACUCACAAGCUGACCACCGUGUUCCUAUCAUUUUUCUCCAUGGAUUUCUUGGCUCGAAAAGGGAGAACAGACUAGUUAGCCGUUUGUUGGCCCGCGAUCUUUCGCGACAAGUCUAUGCCUUGGAUCUUCGCAACCAUGGUGAUUCCGGCCACCAUACAAUACAUAAUUACAUGGCAAUGGCGCUUGACGUCGAGGCAUUUAUAAAAAGCCGAGAAUAUAAGAGCGUGACGGUGAUAGGUCAUUCUAUGGGAGCGAAGACAGCGUGCACCUUAGCGCUUCAUGCGCCGGAUCUAAUAUCAAAUGUCGUUGCUAUUGACAAUGGCCCCGUACGAAUCCCUAUACCCACCGAUUUUCAGAAAUACCUUCAUGCUCUUUCCGAGGUAAAUAAAGCAAAGAUCAGAACUCAUUCAGAAGGUGAACGAAUUCUUGCACAAUACGAAGAGUCCGCCGCUAUCCGAUUAUGGCUUCUAAGCAAUUUUGUGAAGGAUCACCAUCAUAGACCAUACUUGAAGCUGCGUAUACCAGUGGAUAUUCUGAGCACUGCCCUUGACCCUCUGGGAGACUUCCCGUAUACAUCUCCGGAGUCUGUGAAGUUCCAGAAACCGACAUUAUUUCUUCGUUCCCACCAAAGCCAUUAUCUCCCAGACCAUGCCCUGCCCCUUAUACGAUCUUUUUUUCCUCAGUCGCAGGUUGUAGAUAUGGAUUGUGGGCAUUGGGUGGUCCAAGAUCGGCCUGAGGAUUUUAGACGAGAUUUUCUGCGCAGUUAA